CGAACCUGUGCCACAGUAGUAACCAGAGCCAUGGCAGUGACAAUGCUGGAUCCUUAACCUGCUGUGUCACCAGGGAACUCCAGAGAUUCAUUCUUCCCAUCAGCCUGAUGAUGUCACUGGAGAAAAGAAGAUCAGUUGGAACCUGCUGUCUGGCAGUUACAGGAAGCUGUGCCUGGGAAGAGGGUACUCAGGAGCUGGCCUGAGUCCUUAGCCCUCAAGCAGCCGACAUCGUGUGUCCAGGCCUGUGUACCAGAGACACAGGACAUCUUUGUGACUGGCAGAGUGAUCCAAAAUGGAGAAAGAUAAACCCCCACAGUUGGUGACCCCUGCGUCAGUGAAAGCCAUCAUCUCAAGGAUUGAGGCUGCUCAGCUAACUCGGGCUCAAGAGGACAUUUCUUCCCAGCUCUCAGACAUCUUGGACAAUGUCAACUGUGUCAUCAACCACUUCCAGGAAGAAUUAGGAUAUGAUUUCCAAAAAAAGGCAAAAUCUCACCAAACAGAGCCAAAGGGCAGGAACAGAUUGAUCUUGCUGGAGAAAAUUACCUCCUUCUCCAAAGAUGCUGAGACUAAAGAGAAGCACUUGUAUGAAAUUCUCCGCUGGCUGGGUGACUGGGGUGACAGUCUGACCUAUGAGAUCAAGAACAGGAAGAGCGAGGAGGAAGAGGAAGCCCUAGAUGAAUGGAUCGAAGUGAUGGAGAAAGUGUUACCUCUCUCUCUUAUCGCCACCAAAGGAGGCAUCGAGUCUCUCAUUUCCCUUUGCUCCACUCUCAUUGAAGGGCAGAAGAAGGGGUCACAAAUGUCCAAACGCACCUUCUGGCAGGGCUGGCAGGCGCAAAGCCCACAAAAAGCCAAAUCCUGCCCUCAGCCACUGAGCCCCGAGCAGAUGCUCCAGGACAGGCACACUACCUGCACAAAGGUCUCCGAGGUAAAGUCCAUGCUGCAGGAACUCCUGGACUCCACCAUGUUCAACGAGGGGGAGGUCAGGGCCAUCAGGUACAUGUCAGCUGUGAUAGAAAAUCUCAGCAAGGCCUUGAUGCUGCAGCACAAGGAAAACAGGAGCCUGGAGACCAAGUACAGGUACCUGAAAAUAGAGAUGACCAAGGAACUCAGCAGCCAGAGGCUCUUCUUCCAGAAGUCCCUCCAAGUCCUUGAGAGUAAGAGAGAUGCCCUGCUAAAGCAGGUAGAAAUUCUAGGGGGAAGGUACCAUGACCUUCUCCUGAUAAAGCAUGCCUUAGACUUCCAGCUGAAGAAGGCUCAGUCGGCUAGAGGUGAAGCAGCAGACUCCGGCAAGAUCUUGGCAGACUCCCUGGUCCCCGCUAAAAGAGAGACCCCCUCAAAGAAAGAAACAGUCCCGGAGGAAACUCAGCAGAAACCCAAGAAGGAGGAGCAGUUUUCACUGCUCUCCCCAAGUCCCACGGCCACGGCCUGGGGCAGUGGUGCCAGCCCUUCAACAGAUCGGCCACUUUCCACCAUGACUGUACAUUCCAGGGUCGCAGAUGUGUACAGCAGCAAGAACACCGAAAGUCUUCAGCCUGGGUUGCUGUCCUCCACGGAAUGCAAGUCUCCUAAGAAAUGGGAAAGACCAGCGGCAGAAAGCCCCGGCCACAAUGUCAAAGACCAGAAGGACUUCUUCCAGGAAGCGGCCCCGGAGAAGGAAGGACUCCAAAUUCAACCCCAUUUCCAGAAGCAGCUGUCCCCGGAGAGCGCUAGGAAGAUGGCCUCAGAGGGCAUGGCUGAGCACUGGGAAGAGGAACUCAGCUGGGAGCGGCGGAAGCAGCAGUGGCUGAAGGAGGAGGAGAUGUGGCUGCAGCGGCAGGAGAGGUGGACCCUGCUGGAGCAGGAGCACCAGGCGAAGCUGCGGCAGUGGGAGGUGGAGGAGAUGGCAAGGCAGCAGCAGCGACUGGACCAGGAGCGGGGGCGCCUGUGGAAGGAGCUGGAGCGGCCCGAGGAGGAUGCGGAGAAGAGGAGCUUCAUGCCCACCCGUCGAUGGAGGGACUCGGAGGAGGCAUCCUUGGCACCUCCCCCAAGCCGGGCCCAGUCUGCUCCCCAAGGCAGGAGGCCACACUUGCCCAGGUCUGCUAAGACCCAGCAGCCCCUCCCCGGAACCCAGAGGACCAUGAGUUCAGCCAAGUUCACCCAGAAACCACGGGCCUGCCAGGUUCCCCUGAAGCCCAAGAAAUCAGCCUCCUUUCCUGUCACGGUAACCUCCCGCCAAAAGGCGACCCGGCCCCCUUGGCCUGUGUCACCAGCAGCUCUGAAGGGGAAGGUAUACCACUUGGGCAUGGAGGCCCAGAGGCAGAAUCUGCAGCUCCUGACCGAGGAGGGUCCACUGGGGCUGCCCUCCGACCUGCGCAGCAAGGCGCUGGAGCUCACCACCACCACCAUGGAGCUGAACGCGCUCAGGCUCUGGUGCCUGUGCCAUAAGUAUGUCCUCCACAGACGUUUCCAGAGCCUCCGACAAGCCGUGAUCAACCAUCUCCAAGACACGCAAGAAACCGAGGCUGCCUACGAGGCCCAGAACCUCUACCUCUUUCUAGAAAACAUUGACCACCUGCAGAACGUGCAGCUGCAGGCCUGGACAAACAAGCAGAAGGACCUGGAGGAGAAGCGCCAGGAGUGCCUGAGCAGCAUGGUGACCACGUUCCCCAAGCUCCAGCUUGAGUGGAGCAUUAACCUGCACACCCCUGUGGUCACCUCUGCAAGGUCAAAGAAAAGCAAGCCUCCACAGUCCUUGCUCCGGCACAUGCGCUCCAGCAGCUCCUCCUGCAAGCCCUGGGAGCUCUUUACAACAAAGCACCUUCAAUGUGUGCCCCUGCACAUGGCCCGCCAACAGGAUAACCAGACGGAGGCCAUCUGGAAAACCGAUGUGGCCUCGUCCAGUCACCCAGUAGAAAGGAAGACCCCCACCCACCUGUCCUGGGACCAGCUGGGGGGCUACCCAGAUACUCCCCGGCUGUUGGCAUUGGACGUGCACUCCUCCUACCGCAAAAGCUUGAUGUCCCUCAAGGCCCGGGCCCCAGUCACUCAAAGAAAGGAAUGCCCGCAACCCCCAGAGGAGUCAGCUGAGCUUGUUCCUAAAAAGUCAAACAAAUCCUUCCCUGGAGCCCUGAGAAGCCAGAAGGCUCCAGGCAGUCCCAGUCCUGACCCCACGCCUUAGCCAGUGAUUCUCAGACUUCAGGGUGGCUAAAAAAUCACAUGGGAACUUGUUCCAAAUACAGGUUCCCAGCUGGUGUUUUUAAACAAACACUCUGGGCAUUGCUAAGUAGUCCUGGAACCUUGAGAAACCCUACUCUCUUCCUUGAGUCCCCAAACUGUACAUUUUUAAUAAAGUAGAGAUGUGUUUGUUUUUAAAA